UUAAAGAAUGUACCACCUUCUGGAAACUGUUGAGGACAAUGUAAGGAUGGUGAUGGUGGUGCCAGAUGUGUGGCUGCUGCCUGGCAAAAACCAAUGUUACUGGCCAAGCACACCAACUGCUGGAGAUGCAUGGGUGCGCAAUGCCAAGCAGCCAUGUGAGAGCUGGCAGAUUUUUACAUAUGAGAAAAUUCUGCACAGCAAUGUUUCCUAUGAAAAAAUAAAAUCACUCGAGAGAAAGGCUCUAGAUAAGAGUGAUGUUGAGAGCUCAGGAUCAGAGCCACAUCGGCAGUCACGGCCAACAAUUAGAUGGAGUCCCAAUGAUGAUUCUGAAUCAUCAGAAUCAUCACCUGCCAGGAAGAAGCAGUGCAGAGUCGGGUGAGGCGGAGGUCAAGGUCACCUAUACCUUCCAUAAAAUAUUUGCCACAACCACCUGAAGCUUCCAAAGCUGUUCCAAAACCCCCUGUAUCAUAUGCACAGUUUUCAGCGUCCCCUAG